AUGGCUAUCCAAAUUUACCUUGCCCAUACGGGGCAGCGUCUCCAAGCAGAUCCAGAGACCUUUGCGACCCUAGAUGCCUUUAAGAGCUGGGUUGCAAAGCAGAGCAAAAUUACGAUUCAAGAUCAAAUAUCAUUGACUGAUCAAGGAAGGCCAGUCAAGUUCCAAGGAUUAUCUUCGGAGAAAGAGAUAUUUGUCUACGAUAGGCGGAUAGUACAACCAAAUCCUGCCUCGUCUACCAAAUUACUCCAAUAUGAAGUUCCAAUACCUCCGAAAUACAGUGUUUCGAGACCACCCGAUACCAUUACAGACCAGAACGACCUACAGGCGUGGAAGGACCUCUUCAUGCAACGGAGAUCAUGGGCUCUGAAUAUAGUCGACGACUGUACAGCAAUGUCGCUCGAGGCGCAACAACGAUACGGCGAGGUCGAGAUCAUCGCUCGCGGUGUUGAAGCUGCGGUGACAAACCUCGAUAGGCAUGUUAAGAUGCUAGACCAGAAGAAUGCCGACGUUCAAGUCUGGGCGGCAGAUGUGCAAAAAGAUGACGACUUGACUGGGACCGAUUGGGACGCAAUUGUGGACGGGUUACGGUCUCUUCCGGCUUCGUACGACAUGAUCAAAUUCAUAACGGGGCGUGAUAUUCGGAAGUCUCAACACAAGCCAAGUUUGGGGGAUUUGGUCGAUGCAGAGGAGGUGAAGAAAGCUGGUAAAGAUGUUCGAAAGAUUUCAAGUAACUUGAAUCAAGGAAGCGCCAGCCUCGGGUCCCAGGUAGACGAGGUUCUUAGGAGGACUGAUGGGCUGUUGGAUAGGAUUGAAAAAAGUCCUGCACUUUCACUCAUUGGACGUGGAGCAGAACCUGCACAACUUAUGGAGGAUAUCGAAGCCAUUGCCAAGAGGAUCAGUGGUGACUACGAAAAUGUUCUUGGCUUUGCGAACACCGCCAAAAAUAUCUCACAAGCAUCCAAGUCGGCCCUACUUCACACGAAAAAUUUCCUCCCAAAUCUGUCAAAGCGGAGCUUGGAAAUGGACAGCAUCUUGCAGUCGGUGACUGAGACACGAAAUACUGUCGCAGCUGAUUCUCUUGAGGCCAUGAGAGACAUCGCAUUAGUAACUGCACUGGUUUCUGAUGCCAAUGGAAAAUUUGCGGCUUUACAACUUAAUAGCGACGCUUUCGAAGCCAUCAACCUACUUUCCACGGUGAACUCAUUGCCAGUCACAUAUGCGUCGUUUAUGACGGAAGCCAUACGUCGACGAGAAUGGAACGACAAGGUCAGAUCAGACUCGUCAACUCUAGCGAACGAAAUGGCAGCUUUUCAGGACGAAGAAGCUAAAAGGAGGAGGAAAUGGCAGAAAUCCACCGGGAACGCUCUCUGGGGUGAGAAGGUCGAACGGAAGGUCAUCGGUUUGGAGGUCAAUCUGCUCGGCGAUGAGGACGAUUGGCCUGACGUAUCAAGACGAGAUCUGGAGGCUAUGUUGGAAACUCUGCAAGCCCAGGAUUUCAAGUCUGGUGUCGUUGCUGAUAUAUCAAAGAUUGUCCAUGAUCUCAACAACCCUACGAAACAACAGAGCAAACGCGCAAAAGCUUUCAAAGCAGGCAGCAUUCAUGAAAAUGCACUGGGAAGAAGUGCACUUUUAAUGCGAGGUGACGAUGAUCUCAUUCGUGUUGUUCAAGAAGAAAAGCAGAAGAUUGAGAGCAAGCUCAAAACUGCCGAAAGUCGAGUGCGACGACUGGAGGACCUUCUCCACCGGCAAUCCCAAGUCACCCGAACGUCGACUGGGAAUGUCUUCCAACCAUCUGGAUACCCUAGUCCAGAUGCACAUGUAAUGGCCAACCCACUCGCGUCUCCUAGGCUUCCCGAGGACAUUUCCCGGCGAUCUUCCGUCUCUUCGAGGCGAUUCUCAGCGAAUCAAGGUCAAGAGGAGAAGGUCUUUCAGCAAAAGCUUCUUUCCUUAGAAGCUGAACUCAUUGCGGAACGGGAGCGUGCAGCUGGUUUGGAGAAAGAAGUUUCUGCGAGGAAGACCACAGUGGACAAAAUGAAGGCUGAGGUUGAUGAAGCUACAUCGACGAAGAAAGAUCUCAUGGAAAACUUCGAGGCUCAGCAACGUGAAUUCCUUGAAGAACGCAAAUCACUCGAAGAGGAGAUCAAGCAGUACAAGACAAAGCUUGAGGAGCUCGAGGAUGAGAUGGAGAGAUACUUGGGAUCAAGAGAAAAUGAGCGGACCACAGUUGAUGAACGUGUCCGCACUUUAGAGGCUGAACUGGAGAGAUUUCGCAAAGAGGCAACGUUGGAAGCUCAAAAAGCGCAGGGUCAAGUGGAGUUCCUUCGAAAUGACGCUAAAAUGCAGCGAGAAGCCAACGAAGCACUGGACAAGCAGCUGCAGAGGGCAAGAGAUGAGAAUAAAGAUCUCCUGGCUCGUGUCGAGAAAGCCGAGCAAGCUUCUAAAGUGCAAUUGAAGGUCCUCCAUGACGUGCACGCUCAAAUUUCGACAACCUCUAUUGUCCCGGAUGAUCUCAACGAGUUAGCAGAUGCAUUGGUCACCUUAUCUGGGGAUCUGGUAGCUGAACUGAGCUCUGUCAAAAGUGACUCUGCCAUUGCAAGGUCUGACAGAGAUACUGCUCAAGCUGCCACCACGGACCUUCAGUCUGAGAUGGAGACACUAAAGGAGAGGCUGUCAGUGGAAGAGCUGGAGACCUUGCAGCUACGUGAAACACUGGCUGGCGAGCGAGCACGAUUUGCAGCCCUAGGAAUAGAGCUUGCUGAUGAGCGGGGCCAAUUGUCUUCAUUGAGAACUAAGAUUGCUGACGGUGAGACUGGGUCUGAGACUCUCCGUCUUCGUCUAGAAGAAGAGGAGCAAAAGGUUACCAACAUGUCUGAGGAACUUGCUGCUCGCCAAUCGCGCAUCGGAGGUCUCGAGGAAGAGCUUAGAUCCGUCCAAGAGAAAUACCAGUCUACCCACUUGAAGCACGAGAAGCUUAAUUCUCGGUUUGAAGCUCGAACCUCUCGCGCAAAGGACUUGACCCAAAGAGUAUAUGCACAGAAUGAUCGACUCUGUCGGCUUUUGGAGCGUCUCAGCUAUUCAGUAACACGAGAAGGCAAUUCGAUGGUUAUUCAGAGGCUACCUAAACCAGAGCGCUCUAGCACCGCAAAUGAUUCAUCAGAUCCAGGAUCCUCAAUUAGGAGAAGUAUUUCCGGGGCAAUGAGCAGAAAGGCCAUGGUUGACAGUGGAGAUCUCGAUCUUCUCUAUUGGAUGCACAAUGAUGACUCGGACGUCGAGACUGAACGGUACGAAGCGUAUCUCAAUGCCAUUGGCAGCUUCGAUGUCGAACAGUUCUGUGAAAUUAUCACAAAGCGGGUGAAAGACAUGGAAUACACUGCGAAGAAGUACUCCAAGGAUGCUCGUGCCUACCGAGAGAAGUCGCACUCGGCUCAAAAGGAGGCCCAUGAGAAGAUUGCAUUCAAAAACUUCAAAGAAGGCGAUCUUGCUCUUUUUUUGCCAACUCGAAACCAAGCGACUGGAGCAUGGGCUGCAUUCAAUGUAGGAGCUCCACACUACUUCUUGAGAGAGCAAGAAUCACACAAGCUACGCACUCGAGAUUGGCUCUUAGCCCGAAUUCACAAAAUCGAAGAUCGAGUUGUGGACCUCUCCAAGUCGAUGUCUAGUACGCACCUGAAUGUCUCUGAUGGGAGAUCUUUUGGCGAGACUAGUAAUGGAGGAGACUCUUUUGAAGAUGACAAUCCUUUCGACUUGUCUGAUGGCCUCAGGUGGUAUCUCAUCGAUGCUUCCGAAGAGAAACCCGGCGCACCUUCCACUCCCGGGCUCGGCAAAAGCACAGUUGCCAGCACGAAUGACUACGCUACGGGCAGUAUUCGACGAAGCAAGAAGUCGUCAAGCAGUGGUGUUGAAGGCAUCAACAAGACUCUCAGCAAAAGUCUUGACAGUAGACGCAGUAGUAACAACUCGAAGAAGUCGGUCUCGGCAGCCAACACGUUGAUCAAAACGGGCUCAACGGCAACAGAUACAGCAUCUUUGAAAGCUGUGGCUACAACUCAGACAAGCGGCGAGCCUUCUGAACCCCAGAGCAUCGCUUCGUCAAGUAGACAAGAAGGGUCGGGGAGUGGCGACAAGGUGCUAAAUUCGGAGGUGGGCACCAAUCACAUUGACAAUCUGAUGGGUCCUUGA